UCAUCUACCUGGCAAAUCGGCGGCGGACUAAAUGCUCUCUCUCCUUACCAAAGAUCAUGUUGCCCAGGUCUCCAACCUUAUCCCAUAAUCAUGGGCAAACAAAACUUAAUGAUGCCGUCAGUCGACGUCAUAUUCCAAAUGAUUUCUCACAGCAGCAAUGGGUUGAGACACAACUGAACGUAACAAACUCAAAUUUCCGUGGCAACAACUUAAAUGGAUUUCCAGUAAUCAGCACAACCUAUCAGUGGGCACCAAGACAUUACAUACCUCCCAGUAAUCCUAAUAGGUUAAGACCGGGGAACAGAAAGAGAGGAGGAGACCGCCAGGACCAGUAUGACUUGAAAAAACAGCGCAUCAGUUCCCCGGGCCCUUACGAUCGACCAAUCAAAGGCACCAGCUCCUCUCCAGCACCUCGGCCAGGAGCUGGUACAUCCCGACGGGAAGAGGCCAGGAGUGACCUCUUUCCUCCCAUGCGCUUACCCAUUGCCCACAAACCAGUGGGUUAUGUCCCAUUCCUUAGGGAAGAAUCACAUCCCAAUGCCCGUUAUUCUCUGCCACUGUCCUCGGUCAAGGACAAGCUCAGUCAUCAGAUUCUGGAGCUCUUUCUUGCUUGUGAGCAGAGGAGUGACGAUCUGGAGAAGAAGGAGCUUUGUCGAGCACACCUGCAGACGGACAUUCAGUCCCUAUUUCCAACUGCUCAGGUUUUUUUGGCUGGAUCCUCCCUUAACGGUUUCGGCACUAGGAGUAGUGAUGCUGAUCUCUGUCUUGUGAUUCAAGAGGGACCCGUUAACCAGAAAACAGAUGCCGUGUAUAUUCUUAGUCUUGUACAAAAGUUUUUGAUGUAGUUUUGAAUCAAGUUCUGUUAUUUCUGAUUGACAGCUUACAUUGAAAGACCUCGGCUUAUUCGGGCAAAAGUGCCCAUACUGAAAUUCAGGGACAAAGUGAGUGGAGUGGAGUUCGAUUUGAAUGUAAACAAUGUUGUUGGUAUCAGGAACACCUUCCUGCUACGGACGUAUGCAUACAUUGAAAAACGGGUUCGUCCCAUCAUCCUUGUGAUCAAGAAAUGGGCUAGUCAUCACGGAAUCAACGACGCAAGCCGCGGGACGCUGAGUAGCUACACACUGGUCCUUAUGGUUCUGCAUUACCUUCAGACUCUGCCUGAGCCAGUCAUUCCCUGCCUUCAAAUGGAUUAUCCUGAGUGUUUCAGCCCCACAAUGGAUAUCCAUCUCGUGCCAACCGGACCCAGAAACAUACCCCCGUAUGUGUCAAAGAACCAGUCGUCUCUGGGAGACCUGUUCCUCGGUUUCUUGAAGUACUACGCCACGGUUUUCAGAUGGGACAAACUCGUGAUUUCAGUGCGUGAAGCCAAAGUUCUUCCCAAGCCAAGCUGCAAGGAGUGGAGAGACAAGUUCAUCUGUGUGGAAGAACCUUUUGACGGAUCAAACACUGCCAGAGCUGUCCAUGAGAAAGUGAAAUUUGAUGUCAUCAAAGAGCAAUUUAUGGAGUCCUGGCAGAUUCUUCAGCUGAGGAAGGAUCUGAAUUUCAUCUUGCCCACGAAGGAAACCAAACCAAAAAGAUAACCCUGUCGUUGUUAACCUCCUGUUUUCCAACUGCAGAGAAAACUGGAAUCGGUUAAUCUCGGAUGCACUGAUGAUUGGAGUAUGUUACUGUUGCCAGAUUUGAGCGGGUUGUCUGCAUUUUCUCUCCUCAUAGUCUGGGAUACGAAUUUGUCAUUUUCUGUUUGGCUCAUCCUUCUCUCUCAGCUGCAGUUUCUUUCACGCGAAGGGCUGGUGAAGAACAACAUUUUGGACUGUUAAAAGUUAAAUGUUUUAAUUCCUUCCAAAAUGAUCACUUCAUGGCACACAAAGUUCAGGUGGCAUUGAUU